UCAGGCCUUUGAGAAAAGCAAAAUAAAAACACAAUAAAUUUUGUUUUUUUCAUCACAUCAGGUCUCUUUACUCUCACUAACCUUUAUUCUUCAAUACCAUGGACAUGAAGAAGAUCUCAUGCGCCGUCAUUGUCGCCGCCGCCUCUAUGAGCGGGGUCCUGGCUGCUGGCGCUGCUCCAGCUCCAUCUCCAGCUUCAGCUCCAGCUGCAGCUGCAGCUUCAGCUUCAGCAUCUGCCCCAGGCCCAGAUUCCAGCGUCGCAAUCUCAACAAUGCCUGUUAUUGAGUCCUUGGUUGGAGCCACACUUGUUUCUUUCUUUGCCUACUUUUUACAGUAAGCCACAGCAAAAAAUGGAUGAAACCAUGAAGUAUUGAAGAAUCAAAAAAAGAAAUGGUGGAUUAAUAAAUGUAAAAAUACUACUUGGGGUGCUUUCUUUCUUUUUGUUCAUUGUUGAAGAUGGCUUUCUUCACUUUACUU